AUGUGGGCGCUUAUCCAAAACCGGCAGAUUAGAAGGAUUGUCGCUCACGAAAACAGAGAAGGUCAAGUUAUCGCGCUGUAUAACCCCAGAGGCGACCUUGGAUUUACACAGCUAGAUGCCGACAAUGACCGCAUCUGGGUGAGAGCAACGGGCGAUGGCGAUCCUAUAAAUCCGCAAAAUUGGUCAUUGUCAUCGAGAUCCAAAAACAUUGCAAUCUUAUCACUUUUGAUAUUUACCCAAGCAUGGGCCGGCUCUGCGGAUUCUUCAGCCAACAAGCAGGCGAGCCGAGAGUUCGGCGUAUCUCAAGUCGCUCAGAACCUUUCAACGGCAAUGUACUUAUUUGGCAUUGGUUCAGGAUCGCUAUUUGCAGGACCGGUAUCUGAAUCUAUCGGAAGAAACCCAACGUACCUGGUGUCAACCUUCAUUUAUCUUCUCUUCCUUCUCGGCUCCGGGCUUACUCCCACAUUUUCCGGUCAGAUUAUAUGUCGAUAUUUCGUUGGUUUUUUUUCUAGCGCGACACUAUCAAUAAACGGAUCUAGUGUCCGCGAUCAAUUCCGACCAGUCAAACGCACAUUUGUUUUUCCUGUCAUUGCUUGGGCUAAUAUUGUUGGCCCGACAUUUGGCCCGAUAAUAGGCGGGUGGAUUGUUUCUAACUCAAGCCUAGGCUGGAGAUGGACAGAGUUUAUUUCUCUCAUCAUAUCAGCCGUAGCAUGGGUUAUAGCACUUCUCCUUCUCCCUGAAACAUAUUUGCCGGUCUUACUGGACUGGAAAUCGAGGCAACUGCGACACUGCACUGGAGAUACACGUUACGCAUCCGAGCAUUCUGCAAGCUCCUCUUUCUUUGGACGGGUGAAAGAUAUCCUCCCGCUCCCUGCGAUAUUUUUCGCAACAGAGCCGGUGAUUGCUGUGCUUGGCUGCUAUCUGAUCCUCUUGUACUCCAUUUUGUUUACCUUUUUAUCCGGAUUUGACUACAUCUUCACACAAACGUAUGGCAUGUCUACAGGACAAACAGGAUCAUGUUUCGCGGCCAUCGCAGUAGGUGCCACAAUCGCCGCAUUUGCUACGCCUUGUCUUUACAUAUGCGCCCGCCAGAAGACCAAAUACCAGCGUGGCGCCAUGGUGCCUCCCGAGUUCCGACUUUGGCCGGCGAUCAUUGCUAGCCCUUUCCUCCCAGUUUCGCUAUUUUGGCUGGGAUGGUCGAAUUAUACUACCGUGUCGAUGUGGUCCGGCCUUUCUGCUUGCGGACUUUUUGGUAUGGUUUUAAUUUUCAUUUAUAUUAGUUGCUACGAAUAUAUCAUUGAUAGCUACGGGAACCGCUCUGCGAGUGCAUUGGCAAGCAUUACGAUGUUGCGAUACCUGGUAGCAGGUGGUAUGGUCAUGGCAUCCCGUCCUAUGUACGAAGGAAUCGGUGUCCAUUGGACGAUGACCAUCCUAGGUUGCGCGUCAAUAUUAUUGGUCCCCAUGCCAUUACUCUUUAAGAGCUACGGUGUUCAGUUGAGACGGAGAAGCCGGUACGCAGAGAGGCCAAUUAGCCGCCCAAACUCACAGCUUUUAUCAUCUGGGGCUAUCAGUGUGUAA